AUGUCGAUUUUGCAAAAAAUAGCUGAUAUUGAAGCCGAAAUGGCUAAAACCCAAAAAAAUAAGGCCACAAAUUACCAUUUAGGUCUGUUAAAAGCAAAAUUAUCAAAAUUAAAAGCUCAACUAAUUGAAGGAGGGACAAAAGGAGGUGGUGAUGGUGAAGGUUUUGAUGUUUCAAAAACAGGAGAUGCAAGAAUAGGUCUUGUUGGGUUUCCUUCGGUAGGAAAAUCUACUUUAUUAAAUAAAUUAACUGGUACUUUUUCUGAAGUAGCAUCUUAUGAGUUUACUACUUUAACUUGUGUUCCUGGUAUUUUUAAAUAUAAGGGAGCGAAAAUGCAAUUACUAGAUCUUCCUGGAAUUAUUGAAGGAGCUAAAGAUGGAAAAGGAAGAGGGAAACAAGUUAUUGCAGUAGCAAAAAGUUGUUCUUUAAUUUUGAUUGUUUUAGAUGUUUUAAAACCUUUAACUUAUAAAAAAAUUAUAGAAAAAGAACUAGAAGGCUUUGGUAUUAGGCUUAAUAAAAAACCCCCAAAUAUAAUUUUUCAGAAAAAAGACAAAGGGGGAAUAAAUAUAACACACACAGUUCCAUUAAAUAAUCUUGAUGAAGACAUAAUUAAAUCUAUUUGUCAUGAAUACAGAAUUAUGAAUGCUAAUAUAUCAAUAAGAUGUGAAGCUACUGUUGACGAUAUUAUUGAUGUAAUUGAAGGGAAUAGAUUAUAUGUUCCAUGUAUUUACGUUUUAAAUAAAGUAGAUCAAAUUACUAUGGAAGAGUUAGAUUUAAUUACACAACUUCCACAUAAUGUUCCUAUAUCUGCUCAUCUAGAAUGGAAUUUAGACGGAUUAUUAGAAGCAAUAUGGAAUUACUUAGAUUUGGUUCGUAUUUACACUAAACCUAAAGGUCAAAUACCUGAUUACGAUUCACCUGUAAUUUUAAAAAAAGAAAAAUCAAAAGUAGAAAAUUUCUGCAAAAAAAUUCAUAGAUCUUUAGUACAACAACUAAAAUACGCACUAGUUUGGGGGAAAUCAGUUAAACAUAAUCCUCAAAAAGUUGGAAAGGAUCAUGAAUUAAACGAUGAAGAUGUCGUUCAGUUAGUAAAAAAAUGA